AGAACAUUCUCAGCCUUGCAGCCCUGGUUAGUCAGAUAUUAUUCAACAAGAAGGUUGUGCUGAUAAUCCAGCGCUGUACACAUGGACUGUCGGAUUCAAUAUAAAAUGAAGUCUUGUAAGGACAAAAUGGCUCAAGCGGUUCCAGUGAUAAUAUUAAUAUGUCUCCUUCUGAUCAUCUUGGCGGUAGCAAUUUCAUUCAUCAUAAUUUAUGUAUGCAUGGAAAACAAACUGAAGGAUAUCGAAAUAGAAAAUAGGUCACUGACGAUUAGGUUUCAGAAUUUAAUGACCAACCACAGUGAAUUAAUGACGUACAACAAUGAAUUAAACACCAGCCACAGUAAAUUAAUGACCGACUUCAAUAAACUAAAUAACAGCUACAAUGAAUUAAUGACCAAUCACAGUAAAGUAAUGACCACCUACAAUGAACUAAAUACCAACUACAAUGAAUUAAUGACCAGUCACAGUAAAUUAAUGACCAACUACAAUGAACUAAAUACCAACUACAGUAAAUUCAUGAUCAACUACAAUGAAGUAAGUACCAACUACACAGCAUUAGAUGAUAAGGUCAAGAAAUUUGCAAAGGAUGUUCGUGAUGGUAUAAUUUCUCUUCACCCCUCGGGCUGGAACUAUACUUCUUUCCGAAAGAGUGUCUACCAUUUCUCAACUGAUUCAACUAAUUGGGCAGAUGCCAAUAUUACUUGUGCCUCCAUAUCCUGCUGCUCACUUGUGAUUGUAGAUGAUUCAGCUGAACAGGAAUUUAUAAAAAAUUAUGACAAAGAGAAACGGUGGAUUGGGUUGCAAAAAGAUGGUGCUGGCAAUGACUUUCAGUGGGUAGAUGGAACAUCUCUGGCUACAGCGUUUUGGGCCUCUGACGAGCCAAACAAUGAAAAUACUGAAUUCUGUGUUACUAAGGGCGCUGAGUUCGACCAGGACAAAUGGAACAAUGACAUGUGCAAUGCAUUUCAUCGCCGAAUCUGUGAAUUCAAACCAGAAUGCUACGUGAGGAGUAUCAACAAGAAAACAAUAUCUGUGAGCCAAACCAAAUGACCUAGAAGAUCAGAAAAACAUGUUUGUCCUGUGUAUGAAUAUGGAACACUAAUUAGCCUGAAGUUGGGAUAGACCCAGAACGUAAACAAGGAAGAAAGUGCAAAGAAGCAAACUCAUGCAACUAUAUUCUCCGGAUUGCUAUAUAAAAGGUUAAUUUUCACUGCUCUGGUCAAGGUGACAAAACAUCAUUGUGUCCAUUUGUGAUCAGGGCUCCCUUUGCCUCCUUUGUCCUUCUUGACUUCUCUGCUGUCUUUGAUACCAUGGAACACUCCAUCCUCCUCCACUGUCUUUCCUUUC